AUGGUCGGUAUAAUCGGAAACGUUGCUGGAUGGGCUGGAUUCGGGUUUGCUGUUCGAGUUCUUGCUAUGGCGCUAGAGAAGAGACCGUUGCUCGACAAGCCAAUAACGCAUCUAGCGACAGCAGCAGUCUUUGGCGGAGUUGGGUGGUACAUUUAUGAAGCUGAACACCGACAAGCAGAAUUGAUUCAAAAGCGAAAGCGAAUUCUUCUCGAGAAUCGGAAACGACGGGCAGAAUUAGAGGCUUCUAGAAAUGCAACAAGCGAAUAA